GCCGGCUACAAAGCGGCGAAGGUCACGGCGCGGGGAGGCGCGCGCCGCCGCUCCGCGUCCCGCCUGCGUCCCUCGGCUCUGCCGCCACCGCCUCCCGACGCUGCCCGCCGCCGCCCACCGCCUGCGCGAGGAGCCAUGGAGGGAGUGAGCGCGCUGCUGGCCCGCUGCCCCACGGCCGGCCUGGCCGGCGGCCUGGGGGUCACGGCGUGCGCCGCCGCCGGCGUGCUGCUCUACCGGAUCGCGCGGAGGAUGAAGCCGACACACAGCGUCGUCAACUGCUGGUUCUGCAGCCAGGACACGGUGGUGCCCUACGGGAACCGCAACUGCUGGGACUGCCCCCACUGCGAGCAGUACAAUGGCUUCCAGGAGAACGGUGACUACAACAAGCCGAUCCCCGCUCAGUACCUGGAGCACCUGAACCACGUGGUGAGCGGCACACCCGGCCCCCGCGCCCCCGCGCAGCCCCCACAGUGGGUGAGCAGCCAGGUGCUGCUGUGCCGGAGGUGCAGCCACCACCAGACCACCAAGAUCAAGCAGCUGGCUGCCUUCUCGCCGCGCGAUGAGGGCAGGUACGACGAGGAGAUCGAGGUGUACCGGCACCACCUGGAGCAGAUGUACAAGCUGUGCCGGCCAUGCCAGGCGGCCGUCGAGCACUACAUCAAGCACCAGAACCGCCAGCUGCGCGCCCUGCUGCUCAGCCACCAGUUCAAGCGCCGGGAGGCCGACCAGACCCACUCGCAGAGCUUCUGCUCGUCUGCAGUGAAGGCCCCGGUCCAGGUCAUCGCGCUCCGUGCCCUCGCCUUCCUGGCCUGCGCCUUCCUGCUGACCACCGCGCUGUACGGCACCAGUAGCCCCUUCGCCCCCGGGGCCCCCCUGCCCCCGGCCCUGCCACCUGGCAGCAACGGCUCAGCUACGUCCGACAAUGGCACGGCCCCUGGGGCAGAGGGCUGGCGGCAGCUGCUGGGCCUGCUGCCUGAGCACACGGCAGAGAAGCUGCGCGAGGCCUGGGCCUUCGGGCAGGGCCACCAGCUGGGCGUCGUGGCGUUGGGCCUGCUCACCUGCCUGCUGGCCAUGCUGCUGGCCGGCCGCAUCAGGCUCCGGAGGAUCGACGCCUUCUCCACUGGCCUGUGGGCCCUGCUGCUGGGGCUGCACCUGGCCGAGCAGCACCUGCAGGCUGCCUCGCCCAGCUGGCUGGACACGCUCAAGUUCAGCACCACGUCCCUGUGCUGCCUGGUGGGCUUCACAGCAGCCGUGGCCACGAGGAAGGCGACAGGCCCACGGAGGUUCCGGCCCCGAAGGUGCUUCCCGGGUGACUCUGCGGGCCUCUUCCCCACCGGCCCCAGCCUGGCCAUUCCGUACCCGAGCAUCGCAGGCUCUUCACCAUCUCUGUUCGUCCCCACCCCGCCCGGCUUCCUGCCCCUCGCCAACCAGCAGCUGUUCCGGUCCCCCCGACGGGCCUCACCCUCCUCGCUGCCCGGCCGCCUCAGCCGGGCCCUCUCGCUGGGCACCAUCCCCUCUCUGACACGAGCAGACUCCGGGUAUCUGUUCAGCGGGAGCCGCCCACCGUCUCAGGUGUCCCGAUCUGGGGAGGUUCCGGUUUCAGGUUACUUCUCUCUGCUCUCCGGGAGCUGCCCCUCCUCCCCAGUCCCUUCCCCGGCGCCCUCUGUGGCUGGCUCUGUGGCCUCCAGCUCCGGCUCCCUGCGCCACCGCAGGCCUCUCAUCAGCCCUGCCCGGCUCAACUUGGAGGGGAGGAAGCUGCUGCUGUUCCCGUCUCCCUCUGGGGAGGCCCCCAGCAUGCCCAGCAGCCCAGAUGAGCACUCGCAUCCCAACGGCAGCCUCUGCACUGUCGAGCCACCCCAGGUGCCCCAGAAGCAGCCAGCGCGGGACACGAAGCACACUCUGGACAUGAAGUCGGUGCCGGAAAGAGACAGCACCUGCAGCAGUGGUUCCAUCAAGAAAGAGGACGACUCGUCCCAGUCAUCCUCCUGCGUGGUGGACACCACCACCAGAGGCUGCGCGGAGGAGGCCACCGCCUGGCGAGGUCGUUUUGGCCCCUCCGUGGUCCGAGGCCUCCUGGCCGUGAGCCUGGCCGCCAACGCCCUCUUCACCUCGGCCUACCUGUACCAGAGCCUGCGCUGACCCAGCCUCCGCAGCCUCUGCAGCCUCCCGCACCCGGAGUCCCGGAGGGUGCGCCCCGGUGCACGCCGCUUCCACCACUGCCGGCUCGGCCCUCCGCAGGGGCUGCCGCCUCCGCCCUCCUCUCCAGGGCCCGUGGCCUCCAGGGAGCCCGCUUCCCGGACACUUUUCCCUGCCCGCCGGGCCGCGGGGCAGGGUGCGGGCUUGGGGUCGCGCUCCUCCCCGCCCUACCCUUGGCUGAUAUCAGUUGUGUGUUUGGUGCUGACACUCUGAUCCUGAAGCCAGGGAUCCCCGAGGGGCUGCGUGACCCUCGGGUCCCCUCCCCACCAUCCAGCCCUGCCUGGCAGGACUGCCUCUACUACUGUAACGGGAGCAGGAGCUGGGCUGCCCCCUGACCCCGCGCCCGCGGGCCGCGAUCACAUCUUGGUACUGUACUCCUGGUCCUGCCGGCGUCUCCAGCUCCCUGUGGGGAGGGGGGAGCGUCCGGGUGUCACCGCCCGGGCCCAGCCUGGUGGAGGGCACACCUGGCCUGGCAGGCCCUGGAGGACCGUUACCCUCUGCCCUCUCGUGCCCCUUCCUGGGGGCUCCGACUCCAGGGAGAGCAGGGGAGUUUCCCCACCCAGAGCUCCUGAGCGCCCCGGGUCUCUCGCCCCGCUGGACUAGUGUAAGCAAAUCCCACCCCCCCACCCCCGGCUCCUCUCUGCCUGCGUGCGCCCCCAUUUUAUUACCUCUGUGACCCGGAGAACCCUGUCCGGGCUGCCCACCCCAUUUUCCUCCCUCUGCACUGCCCACAGGGGCCUCGCCUGACCCCUCAGCCUGCAAGUCUCAGGUGAGACUGGGCCCCCCGCGACCCUGCUGUGAACCCAGCUCCUCUCAACCACUGAGACCCUGCCUCCCUCCCUUUCAUGCUUCUCUCGCAGGAGCUCAGCAUGACUUCUGUCUCCAGCCACUGUGGCAGGCCCACUUCCUGCCCCGUGCCCCUCGGUCCUGCCACUGCCCUGCCAGCUGAUUCUGCAGGUGGCUCCCCACCCCUGCCUCCUGGGGGAGAAAGAGUGGCCUCGGGCUGGCAAGGGGGCCCUCAUAAGGUUAGGAGAGAUGAGAGACUGAGUCUGUGGGUGUCAGAACCCCCAUCCUGCUGCCCUGGGCCCUGGACACAGGUGUGGGGCAGCGUGCGUGUGUGUGUGCGUGUGUGUGUGUGUGUGUGUGAGAGAGCACACAUUUGUGCCGCUUGGGGAGGAAGCAGUGGCCUCGGUGAAUUCUGAGACUCGCUGCGGGGGGGUGGCGGGGGGGUCAUGAGGGCAGGGGAAGGGUCUUCACUCUGUCAUUCAGGGAUAAAGUUUAAUUUUAUUUUUCUACACAUUUUUGCCAGGUAAGGCAUUCUGCUGAUAAGCAGGAUGUCCCCAGUUCUCCCAGCCAGGGAGGUUUAGUUUUUUUAAGCUUUGGGUGCUUUUUUAGUGAUUUUUUUUUUUUUUUUUACUACGUGGGGAAGGCAAUAGCUCUGACUUCCCCCCACACCUGAGAGCUACUGUUUCCUGCCCUGCCCCCUGCCCCAGAACACGGGGAAUUGGGGGCCCAGGGGCCACGCCAGGUCCCUGAAUCCAACAGCCAGAGAUGGUUCCAACUCGGAGGUGGUGCCUCUUGGCCUCCAGUGGUAUAGUGGGCAUGUGUGUCAAGUUUUUAAUUUACUUUUUGCCCUUAACCAAGCCAAACUCCAUUCCUGAACGCCCUUCCUCUCUGGCUAUGAGGAAGCCCUAACAGUGCCCAGUGCCCCCUCUCAUGCCCAGGCCAGCCUGCCCCCUCGGCCCGGGGCCAGUGGUCCCUCCAGCCCACAGGGUCACGGGAGAGGCCAGGCGGGGAGGGGGUUUACUUAUAUUUUCUUUCAAACAAGAAACACAACCUUAUUUUUCUUUACAAAAGCAAAAAAGGAAACCAAAAAAGAUACCAACCUUUGAACUAUA